CCUCUCCCCGCCCGACGGGCGCGCGCGCUGGCUCCCGCUCCCGCUCCCGCUGGCGGCGGCGGCGGGGAUUGUUUUUGUUGUCGCUGAGGCCGGAAGAGCCGCGGGAGCCGGGUCCCUGUCCCCGGACCGGGCGCCGCCGCCGCCCCUUGCUUAGCGCCCGCGUCUCCGCGGCGCCCCCAUAGCGCCAAUAUUCCGGAGAUCAAGCGUUACGCGGCGGCGGCGGCGGCGGCGGGGCCCGGAGCGGGAGGCGCCGGGGACCGCGGCGAGGCGGCCCCCGCCGCCGCCAUGGAGGCGCUGGGACCCGGACCUCCAACCAGCCUGUUUCAGCCGCCUCGUCGUCCUGGCCUUGGAACUGUUGGAAAACCAAUUCGACUGUUAGCCAAUCAUUUUCAGGUUCAGAUUCCUAAAAUAGAUGUGUAUCACUAUGACGUGGAUAUUAAACCAGAAAAACGGCCUCGUAGAGUGAACAGGGACGUAGUAGAUACAAUGGUGCGGCACUUCAAGAUGCAGGUAUUUGGUGAUCGGCAGCCUGGCUAUGAUGGCAAAAGAAACAUGUACACAGCACAUCCACUGCCAAUUGGACGGGAGAGGGUUGAUAUGGAAGUGACCCUUCCAGGUGAGGGUAAAGACCAGACCUUUAAAGUGUCUGUUCAGUGGGUAUCAGUUGUGAGCCUUCAGUUGCUUUUAGAAGCUUUGGCCGGGCACUUGAAUGAAGUCCCAGAUGACUCAGUUCAAGCACUUGAUGUUAUCACAAGACACCUUCCCUCCAUGAGGUACACUCCAGUGGGUCGCUCCUUUUUCUCACCUCCUGAAGGUUACUAUCACCCUCUGGGAGGGGGCAGGGAGGUUUGGUUUGGCUUUCAUCAGUCUGUGAGACCUGCCAUGUGGAAUAUGAUGCUGAAUAUUGAUGUAUCUGCAACUGCUUUCUACCGGGCUCAGCCUAUCAUUGAGUUCAUGUGUGAGGUUUUAGACAUUCAGAACAUCAAUGAACAGACCAAACCCCUAACAGACUCCCAGCGUGUCAAGUUUACCAAAGAAAUCAGAGGUCUUAAAGUUGAGGUGACCCACUGUGGACAGAUGAAACGAAAAUAUCGAGUGUGUAAUGUGACUAGACGGCCAGCCAGUCAUCAGACUUUUCCCUUACAGCUAGAAAAUGGGCAAGCAAUGGAAUGUACAGUAGCUCAAUAUUUUAAGCAAAAGUAUAGUCUGCAACUGAAAUACCCCCAUCUUCCCUGUCUCCAGGUGGGACAAGAACAAAAGCAUACAUACUUGCCGCUUGAGGUUUGUAAUAUAGUGGCAGGACAACGAUGUAUAAAGAAGCUCACAGACAAUCAGACUUCCACGAUGAUCAAAGCCACAGCAAGAUCUGCUCCUGACAGACAAGAAGAAAUCAGUAGACUGGUGAAGAGUAACAGCAUGGUGGGCGGACCUGAUCCAUAUCUUAAAGAAUUUGGUAUUGUUGUCCACAAUGAAAUGACUGAGCUCACAGGCAGGGUACUUCCAGCACCAAUGCUGCAAUACGGAGGCCGGAAUAAAACGGUAGCCACACCCAACCAGGGUGUCUGGGACAUGCGAGGAAAGCAGUUUUAUGCUGGCAUUGAAAUUAAAGUUUGGGCAGUUGCUUGUUUUGCGCCUCAGAAACAAUGUAGGGAAGAUUUACUAAAGAGUUUCACUGACCAGCUCCGUAAAAUCUCUAAGGAUGCAGGAAUGCCCAUCCAGGGUCAGCCAUGUUUUUGCAAGUAUGCACAAGGUGCAGACAGCGUGGAGCCCAUGUUUAAACACCUGAAAAUGACAUAUGUGGGCCUACAGCUGAUAGUGGUUAUCUUGCCUGGGAAGACGCCAGUAUAUGCGGAGGUGAAACGUGUUGGAGAUACCCUCCUGGGUAUGGCUACACAGUGUGUCCAGGUAAAAAAUGUAGUGAAGACCUCACCUCAAACCCUUUCCAACCUUUGCCUGAAGAUAAAUGCAAAGCUCGGAGGAAUUAACAACGUGCUUGUACCUCAUCAAAGGCCCUCCGUGUUCCAGCAGCCUGUCAUCUUCCUGGGAGCGGAUGUCACGCACCCCCCAGCAGGGGAUGGGAAGAAGCCUUCCAUUGCUGCUGUCGUUGGCAGUAUGGACGGCCACCCCAGCCGGUACUGUGCCACUGUUCGGGUGCAGACGUCCCGCCAGGAGAUCUCCCAGGAGCUCCUCUAUAGUCAGGAGGUAAUCCAGGACCUUACUAACAUGGUUCGAGAGCUGCUGAUCCAGUUCUACAAAUCCACACGCUUCAAACCCACUCGGAUCAUCUAUUACCGUGGAGGGGUAUCCGAGGGACAGAUGAAACAGGUAGCUUGGCCAGAACUAAUAGCAAUUCGAAAGGCAUGUAUUAGUUUGGAAGAAGAUUACCGGCCAGGAAUAACCUAUAUUGUGGUGCAGAAAAGACAUCACACACGACUCUUCUGUGCAGAUAAAACAGAGAGGGUGGGGAAAAGUGGCAAUGUACCAGCAGGCACUACCGUGGAUAGCACCAUCACACAUCCAUCUGAGUUUGACUUUUACCUCUGUAGUCAUGCAGGAAUUCAGGGAACCAGCCGUCCUUCACAUUACCAGGUCUUGUGGGAUGACAACUGCUUCACCGCAGAUGAGCUCCAGUUACUAACUUACCAGCUAUGUCAUACCUAUGUGCGGUGCACACGCUCAGUCUCUAUUCCAGCCCCUGCCUAUUAUGCCCGCCUUGUAGCAUUCAGAGCAAGGUAUCAUCUGGUGGAUAAAGAUCAUGACAGUGCGGAAGGCAGUCACGUGUCAGGACAGAGCAAUGGCCGAGAUCCUCAGGCCUUGGCUAAAGCUGUGCAGAUCCACCAUGAUACCCAGCACACGAUGUAUUUUGCCUGAGAGUCUCAGAAAAAGAACUCAACCAGUUUGGCACCCCAUGCAGGCUCAAAAUGUUUCAAACGCCUACUGCCUCUAGAGAGAGCCAAGUUGACUUCAGGUGGUCCUCUACCAGCAACUCAGAAUAGUUGCACUGAAUCUGUACUUCGCAGCACUGUCUGAUGCAUCAACAAAAUUGAGCCAUUUUUUUAAAGUAAUAGAUACUCAUUGAUUAUCUUUUCUGAUGCACUGGACUGAAUUUUUACCUCAUCAUGCAAAGGCUAAUCAGCCUGAACUUUCUAAAGGACUUUAUGAGAAAGGUUUCUAUGGACUAUUUUGCUAGCUGUGGUGUUCACCGCAUCCCUCUAGUCUUACAAGAGAAGCUUAUUCCUUUUUUCUGUAUUCGUCGAGUGGGGUAUAUGCAUAAAUGGGAGAGAAAAACCAA